AUUCGAGUAGAGAUUUGCACCUGUCAGAUAUUCUACAGUUCUCCCAAAAGCCUUAAUGCAGUUGUAUUCCAAACAAUUGUUUGAAUUGACAUGCAUGCAUAUGGGAGAAAUUUUGAAUCUAGUGAUGUAUACAUUUUGCUUUAUUUCUAUGCGUUUUAGAAACUACAACAGUCGUGCUUGAUCUCCACCCCUUGCCAGAUGACUUGGUACAUCAAAAGUCUGCAGGCGGAAGUCUGUCUUUGUUCUCCAGUCCAUUGCCUUGCUCCUCUUCAUCUUCACUGGCUGGCUUUUCGCCCUUGUCAAGCUCUUUACCAGCUUCAGCACCUCCUGAGAUCGAGUGGAGUAAGCCAGCCCGCCAUAAUAUCCAGUAAAUGGCAUGAAACCUUUCAAGUCCCAUGGGAUAAAAUGCCUGCUGAAGUGCAAUCAGCUAUCGCCAACAGCAGGAGACCUGCUCCUGACAAGCGACGCCAAAUGAUUAGAAUCCUUGUGGAUGAAAUGAGAAGAUGUCUGCCACUGCAGCCGAUGUGGAGCGGACUCUGACCCUCCCGACUAGUCCACGACUGAUACUGCUGGAUGGGGAGUUGACUCUUCGUAUCAUCCAGCUGUUGAUGGCCUAUUUUGAUGAAAGAAGAGAUGCACUGAUACUCCUUGCAGAUAUGUCUGCCACUGCAGCCGAUGUGGAGCGGACACUGACCCUCCCGACCAGUCCACGACUGAUACUGCUGGUUGCUGGUGACAAAGUCACAAUAAAACGUUGGAUGAUCAGCAUGGAAGGUGAUGUCAUCUGCGAAGGCGUCCAACCUAGCUUCAUCUCAGGGCUUGCUGCCCUUCUUGCCACCUACUAUGUGUUCAACUUGGCAUACCAAGAGGAAGGGGCUCGGACAUUGGAAUUUGUUCAAAGGGACCGAAGCACCAGUUUGACUCUAAGAUACAGAGAAGGUAGGUAAUGUGCAGGUAAAGAUAUGUUGACUGGGUCAAAGAAGGAAGCACCUGUUUGACCCCAGGAUGCAGAAAAAGUAGGUCAUUUGCAGGUAAAGAUAUGUUGACUGGGUGAUGGCAGGAAGCACCAGCGUGACCCGAGGAUGCAGAGCAAGUAGGUAAUGUGCGGGUGAAGAUAUGUUGAAUGGGUAAAGGCAGGAAGCACCAGCGUGACCCCACUAUGCAGAGAAGGUAGGUAAUGUGCGGGUGACGGUAUGUUGAAUGGGUGAAAGAAGGAAGCGCCGGUGUGGUCGAGGCAAUGCAGACAAGGUAGGUAAUGUGCAGGUGAAGAUAUGUUGUAUGGUGAAAGAAAGAAGCACCAGUGUGAUCCCAGGAUGCAGGGAAGGUAGGUAAUGUGCAGGUAAAGAUAUGUUGAAUGGGUAAAGGCAGGAAACACCAGCUAGACUCCAGGAUACAGAGAAGGUAGGUAAUGUGCAGGUAAAGAUAUGUUGAAUGGGUAAAGGCAGAAAGCACCAGCGUGACCACACUAUGCAGAGAAGGUAGGUAAUGUGCAAGUAAAGAUAUGUUGAAUGGGUAAAGGCAGGAAACACCAGUGUGACCCCAGGAUGCAGAGAAGAUAGGUAAUGAGCAGGUAAUGAUAUGUUAAAUGGGUGAAAGCAGGAAACAGCGUAAAUACACGGUCCCGUAGAUGGAGAGAAAACACAAAUAGAGAGAGGGAUUGGGGAGGCUUUAGCAUUGUCUUCCUCUCUGAAUUUGUCUUAAUGGGUUUUAGAGCAUUCACUCAUCUACAGCUGUGGUUAUGAUUUAGGCUCACAUAUAUCCUAAAAUUGAUAUGAAUAUUUGUGCAGUGCAUAUUCCUAAAUUAACAAUGUGGGGGGAGUUCUGUAUCGACUGCAAGUAAUUUUCAAUCACAACAGAAUAUCUAAUAUGCUUUCUCUCUUUUUUUAGGCGAUUCAUUGGCGUUAACCCUGAGAGGGGAACAAAGGCUAGCCAGGGAAAAGUGGUGUCCAAGAAGACCGGGAAGCUUGUCCAGAAAAAGGCAGCAACUGUAAAUCCUCACGUAGCCAUCCUUAUAAAAAAUCUCACAGACUUUGAGUGGGGCUUUAUGUAGCCGACAACUAAACACUUGACUCGUGUUCAGUUAUUUGUCUCCAGUUUGAAAUGAAGUUGACAUGUUCUAAAUGUUAAAAUGCUUUACUGAAAAUAAGAAGA